AUUUAACAUCUUCCCCAUCUUAGAACUUCCAUUGCUGCAAAAAAGAAACCUAUGUCGAACGUCAGCUUUCUGGAGUUUCAGUACAAGCUCUCUAACAACAAGUUCCUCCGAAAACCUUCUCGGAUGUUCUCCUCGCACAGCAGGCAGAACUCAAGCAGCAGUGUACCAAUAAGGUUGCAGCCGAAUGUGAAGGAGAUGAGACAAGUGUUCAACAAAUUCGAUUCCAAUGGAGAUGGCAAGAUCUCUCAGCAGGAGUACAAGGCCGUGCUGAGGGCUCUAGGGCAGCAGUCCAUGAUUCCCGACGUGCCCAAGAUCUUCAAGGUGGCCGACCUGGAUGGAGAUGGGUUUAUCGAUUUCAACGAGUUUGUUGAAGCUCAAAGGAAGGAAGGAGGCGUUCAAACGAUGGAUUUGCAGAGUGCCUUCAGGACGUUUGACGCAAAUGGAGAUGGGAGGAUAAGUGCAGAGGAAGUCAUGGGAGUUCUGAGGCAGCUCGGGGACCGGUGCAGCCUCGAGGACUGUCGAAGGAUGGUUAGGGCAGUGGAUAACGACGGGGAUGGGCUGGUUAACAUGGACGAGUUCACCACCAUGAUGACUCGUACCCUCGUGCGUAAUAACUGACCAUGGCUGUGGGUUUGUUGUGCGAAUCUUUGCUUAGUGUUCUUCUGAUGGCCUCUGAAAUCUAAACUUGUUUUCAUUAGAGUUGUUUUCUUCUUUAUCAGUUCUCCUUGUAUCUUCAGUGAUAUCUCAUGUACAAAACGCUUGGUUCCAUGGGGCGUGAUCUCAUUGAAAGUUCAUAAAUAAACGCGUGCUUUCUCGUACUUCAUCAAACCGUUUCAAUCAAAAACGAAAUCUGAAUUAUGAAUGCUAAAUCAGAGGUGCAUAAAUAAUUCAAUACGUAUACCGGCUUUGCAUUCGAUGCAGGUCGCAUCAGGUAUUUCGUUUGAAAAACAGGUGAGGAAAUGUUGGCACUAAUAAGAACAUAUAUCGACAUAAUCGUGAAACGUGAUUUGCAGAAAACACUUGCAAAUCAAUAAGUGGAACGGGA